CCAAAAGUGGGGACCCCAAAUGGAGACCCCUAAUGAAGGGGACCCCCAAAAUGAGGAACUCAAUGGGGAGAUCCCAAAUAGAGCACACAAAUGGGGAACCUCAAGUAGGACCCCAUUAAAGGGGACCCCACAAAUGGGAACUCCAACAGGGAGAACCCAAAUGGGGAACUCCGAUAGGGGAACCCUGCAUGAAACACCUAAAAGAGGGCAGCCCCAGAAUGAGAACCCCAAAAGGGGACCUAAAUAUGAGGACCCCAAAAGGGGACCUCAAAAAGGGGGACCCCAAAAUGGAACCCCUAAAAAGGGGACCCCCAAAAUGAGGAACUCAAUGGGGAGAUCCCAAAUAGAACACACAAAAGGGGAACCUCAUGUUGGGCCCCUAAAAUAGGGGACCCCCAUAGUGAGAGACCUAAAAGGGGGAUCCCAAAUGGGACUCCUAAAGGAGGGGGCUCCCAUAAUGGAAAACCCAAUAGGGAGAGUCCAAAAGGGGAACCCUCCAUGGAACCCCUAAAAGAGGGCAGCCCCAAAAUGAGAACCCCAAAAAGGGGACCUCAAAAAGGGGGACCCCAAAUGGGAAACUCAAUAGGGAGAUCCCAAUAGGCACAGGGUGGGGAGGAGCGUUUCUUAAAGUGGCCACGUUGGUGGGGCCCGCCUUAAAGCGGCAAGGCCUCCGCCCCACCCCUCGCGUCAAGGGGCGGGGGCGUGGCGCGCUGUAUGCAAAUGAGAUGCUGAUGAGGGAGGAAGCGUGGUUGGAGCGGAGCAGCGAACGGUGCUGGAGAGGGCAUCACACAAUUCCCCACGUGUCUCAGGUCCCCGUCACCUCACGACCUGUCCUGGUGUCCCCUCCUGUCCUCGAUGGCGUCCCCGGUGCCGCGCCGUGUUCGCCUGCGCCCGUGGCUGGUGGCCCAGGUGGACAGCGGGCGCUUCCCAGGGCUGCGCUGGGUGGACGCGCGGCGCCGGCUCUUUGUGAUCCCAUGGCACCACGCAACGAGGCAUUUCCCUGCACACAGCGGUGACGAUGACACCGUCUUCAAGGCAUGGGCAGCAGAGACAGGGAAGUUCCUUGCGGGGCGGGAUGAGCCGGAUCCUGCCAAGUGGAAGGCGACGCUGCGCUGCGCCCUAAACAAGAGCCGCGAGUUCCGCCUGCACUACGACGGCACCCGCGCUGUGCCACCCCGGCCCUAUAAGGUGUACGAGGUCUGUGGGGCUGACGGAGCAGAUGCGGUGACCGGGGAUGACUUCAGCUGUGGUGGGGAGGAAGAGGAGGAGGAAGAGGAUGUCAGUGAGCUGCAGAAACUGAUGUCUCUGAGUAUCAAUGACUGCAGAAGGGAUCCGGUGCCCCCCUGGCCUGAGGAGCACCCCCAGUUCAGCAGCACCGACCCCACAGUGCCCUUCAUGCCCCCUGAGCUGCCCCCUGAGCUGACCCCACAGCUGAACCCACAGCUGACCCCACAGCUGCCCCCCCCGGGCCCCCCAGCACUCUUGGAGCAUGGUGUUCCCAACCUGCUGGCCAGCCCUCACCUGCUGCCCUUGACGGACCUGGAGCUGCGCUUCCAGUACCGCGGGCGGCGGGUGAGCGCCCUGACCGUCAGCCACCCCCUGGGCUGCCGCCUCUCCCAUGGGGGGUCUCUGCCCCCCACCCCGCAGCGCCCCGACCUGCUGGGACACCCCGAGCUCCAGCAGGUCCCGUUCCCCGACCCCGAGGGGAUCCCGCACGACAAGCAGCGCCGUUACACCCGCACCUUGUUGGGGGCCAUGGAGAGGGGGCUGCUCCUGGAGCUGGGGGGGCAGGACCUGUACGCCACCCGCCUCUGUCGCUGCAAAGUGUUUUGGGAUGGGCCUUGUGCCCCACCACAGGACCCACACCUCGACCCCCGGCCCAACCCCAUGGAGAGGGAGAGGAGGGUCCAGGUGUUCAGCCUCCAGAGGUUCCUUGAUGGGCUGAUCCUGUUCCAGAAGGGGCAGAGCCCAACGCCGCCGCCCUUCGAGGUCUUCCUGUGCUUUGGGGAGGAGUGGCCUGACCACAGACCCAAGGAAAAGAAGCUCAUCACCGUACAGGUGGUGCCAGUGGCGGCGCGGCUGCUGCUGGAGCUGUUCUCAGGGGAGCUGUCGUGGUCGGCUGACAGUGUCCCGCUGCAGAUCUCACAGCCCGACCUGAAGGAUGCUCUGGUGGAGCAGUUCAAGGAGCUGCACCGCCUGUGGCAGCAGCAGCAGCGCCCAGAACCCGGCCCACAGCCCCAGCUGUGAUGUGAGGGUGGAGCCCCCCUGCCAUGGGGAGGGGGAGAAAUUGGGGUGUGUGGCCCUUCCUGGGGAGUAAAGAAGCUUUGGGGGCUUUUCUUGGUGCUGUGGGGAUGGUGGAGCUGUGAGGACAGCUGGAGAACCACAUCUGGAGCACCACCAGAGCUAGAACGCUGCCAUAACCAGAGUGCUAACUCUCCUGGAGCACAUCUGGAGCACCUCCAGACCUACAACAUGGCCAUACCCAGAGCACUGCUGCUCCUGGAACGCAUCUGGAGCACCGUCUGACCCAGAACAUCGCCAUAGCUGCUCUAUUGCUGCUCCAGCAUGUCUGGAGCACCAGCAGACCCAGAACAUCGUCAUACCUGUUCUGUGGCUGCUCCAGGAGCACAUCUGGAACACACAUCUGGAACAAACAUCUGGAGCACCAGCAGACCCAGAACAUCACCAUACCUGGAUUUCUGCUGCUCCCGGAGCGCCGUAUCAAAAACCAGUCACACCUGGAGCACACCUGGAGCCCCACCAUCCAUAGAACAUUGCCAUACUGGGACCGCAGCUGCUCCUGGAGUGCCACAUCUGGAACAAAACAUCUGGAGCACAUCUGGAGCCCCACCAUCCAUAGAACAUCACAACACCAGGACUGCAGCUGCUCCUGGAUCACACCUGGAACACACAUCUGGAUCCCCACCUCACCCCCCCACCCCCUCCCCAAAAAGCAGACAGGACCACCA